GUUGACCUGGACGUGACCUGGACAAGGGAAGCUGACCCUGGAGAAUACUUCGCCGAGUUAGCACAUCAACGUGGAACUUUUCUUAUCUGUUAUCAACUUAGCCUGACCACACGUAAACCUCUCCAGGAGGCACAUGUUACAGAAGCCCUCACACACCUGUACAGGAAAGUUCCCUGCCUGCGUGUGUAUUACGACGAACGAAAUGGAACCAACUGGUUCCGGGAGGCAACUCAUCCAAAUAUUGACUUUAAGGUGCUGCCUGGAAACGAUGCUUCUUCUGUAAUUGACUGCCUGCGAACGUAUCGAUAUAAUUCAACAACUGGUCCUCUUUGGUGUGCCAGGCUGAUGUCUGAUGUAAGCAGCCACAGACUUCACCAAUAUUACCUGAUGACAGCUCCGUAUCUUUCCCUCAUUUACAUCAACUGUUUUUGGGAUUUCAUCAUGGUAUUGUAGAUGGUUUCACAGUUAUGAAGAUAUGUGGCUUAACUGUCACACUACUAAAUGAUGUUAUUUCUGGAAACCCAAUAAACAAUGAACAACUAGGAGAGCACGUCUCUCCUAAGCAGACCAUGGAGCUGGUGCUAGCAAGAAAAGCUCUUAUUGAAGCUGACCCAGAAUUGAGAAAGAAAUGGGUUGAUGAGACUAAGAUACUGCAGGAGAAGAAGUCUUUCUUUAAUCAAAUAUAUCAAAGGCCAAAGGAAAUAGAGGAGAAAAGCCUUCACGUGGAGCGAGAACUGGAUGAAUCCACCACCAAGAGAUUUUUCAACACAUGUCGGGCUGAGGGAGUUACAGUUCACUCCGCCUUCACUGCUCUCACUAAUGUAGCUUUCAUUGACCUCUUAGUUGAGAAUGGUAUUGUCCAGGAUACUUACAGUAUAUGUAACGGCCAUCUCGUCAAUAUGCGACGAUACUGGAAAGGAGAUGUAUCUAGAUCUCUUGGGUGCCACAUUUUGUAUCCUGUACUUCUGCGCAUGGAUACUUUGAGAAACAUAAUUGACACAUUUUGGGAUUUUGCUCGUUCAGUUCACCAAGAACUUCAGAGAAACAUUAAAGAUGGCAAAAUUAUUGAAGCAGAAGCAUUUCGCAUGAUAAAUGAUGUAAAAAUAGAGCUAGAUUUAGACUCUCUUCCAGCAGAUGGAUCUGAUUACCAUAUAUCUAACAUGGGAGAUGUCACAGCAUUAGUUACUGAAGGUGGAGACCAUGUUAAGGUGACCCGCCUUCUCAGGUCUAUAUCCAUUCAUAAGAUGCCAAGUAGCUGUUCCCACAUCAUCCAUUCCUUUAGAGGUAAAUUUAUGUAUGUUCUAGAUUAUAACACCAGGAAUGUCAGCACAGAGAUUGCAGACAACUUCUGUAAUAAAGUUUUCAGUAAUUUGUUAAAGGUUAUAUAGGAAUGAGAUUGAAAUACUGCUGACCCACCAAGGAAGUGUAAGUUUACGAUGGUCCACCAUGUCAAGAUGAGUUUAUAACAGGAUGACCUGGUAAUUUAGGGUGACUAAUCAAUCAAUCAA